AUGGGUUGGUUCGGAUUCGGUGGCAGCAGCGACACUCCAUCAUCGUCGGUUGAGGUCUCCUCGCAGCCAGUGGAUCUCAGCGCCGGAAUGAACUUUUCGGUGCCCGGUUUCGAUGCUCCAGCGGCAGCACCAUCGUCUCCAGUUCCAGAUCACUCUCCAUUCCCAGCCGCUCCAGUUCUCGCCCUGGAUCAAUUGAAAUCCGCUGGAGUUGGGGUUUCUAGACAAAUGACACCUUAUGUACAGAUGGAUCCGUCGAUGUUCGCUUCUCAGCAGCCACAGUACAUUAUGCCAGAGGGCGGUGUGGCCGGAAAGGGAAAAUUCGAGUUCGCGCUGGGACAUAUCGGAUGGGCAGUCGGCGGAGCAUUCGGUGUUGGAUGUGCUCGCGGAGCCCUCGGCGAGCUCAUGAACCCGGAAACCCGAAAAAUGGCCGGAAAACCAUGGAUGACGCGUAUGGUGAACGCCACAAUGAAGCACGGCUCCGGAUUCGCCCAACCGGCCGGCGCCAUCGUUUUUAUGUAUUCCGCACUGGAAAUUGGACUGAGAUCUGUGAGAGCCGAGGACGAACUGAAUGGUUUUGGAGCCGGAGCACUCACUGGAGCCAUUUAUCGAUCGCCGCAUGGGCUGAAAGCAUCGGGUAUUGGAGCACUGGUUGGGUUGGGAAUCGCCACGGCGUGGACGCUCUCGAGCACCGAUUCCAGACAACGACUCUCCGAAAUGUUCUCGAAUAAUUGA